AUGUUCACCGUUUCUCUAAUUAUCUGUCAUCAUACAAAAUCAACACAUUUCAAUAUUCUUCGCACAAUUACAAGUUCAGCGAAGAUGAAUAUCGAAUUUGAAAUGAAAAAAUUCAAUGAUAAACGGCAAUUUACCAAAGCACUUGAUCUCUAUGAUAAAUACAAACAUCAAUCAAUAAUCACAGAUAGAAUUCUUGUUCAUGCACUAAAUGCUUGUGGUCAAUUAGGUUAUGUUGAACGUGGCGAAAUCAUUCACAAAAAACUUUCGAAUGAUUCGUUGAAUAACAUUUACAUUCAAACAUCACUUAUUCAAUUCUACAUGCGAUGUGGUCGAGUAAACGAUGCUCAAUGUAUUUUCAAUGAAUCCACGAGUAAAACAAUGGUGCAUUAUGGAUCCCUAAUGAAAGGUUUCAAAAUGAAUGGUAUGCCUGAAAAGGCAAUUGAUCUCUUUUCCAAAGUUACCAAUCCAAAUGAAAUUCUUCUAUGUCUUUUAUUCAGUAGUUGUGCACAAGUUCAAACGAAAAAGGCACUAGAAUUUGGUCGUAAAGUUUGGUUUCAAAUGCCAUUGAUCAAUCGCAAAAAUAAACACAUUCUUGUUGCUACAUUUGAUAUGUUCAUCAAAUGUGGUGACAUUUCAAAUGCUGAAAAACUAUUUGAUAUGUUGGAACAUGUUGUAAUCGAUUAUGGACAAAUGAUGAAAUGUUACAACGAUCAUCGAUUGCCAAUGAGAACUAUUGAUUUGUACAAAAAGAUGAAAAAAGAAGGCAUUCAACCAGACAAAAUCAUUUUUGUUCUUCUAAUCGAUGCAUGCGCUCAAAUUGGUAUUGAGUCACGCUGUCGAACAAUUGUAAAACAAAUUCCAUCUUCAAUGUUCAAUGAUCUUCAGUUUCAAACAGCUCUAAUCCAUAUGUGGGGUAAAGUAGGAUUUGUAAAGGAAGCAGAACAAAUCUUCAAACAGAUUGAUCAACCGGAUCCUGUAGCAUAUACGGCUAUGAUUAAUUCAUACGGUUUAAAUGGAUUGGGUUAUAAAGCAAUUGAACUUUAUUAUCGAAUGCCAGUGGAAAUGAUCGUUGAAAAAACUCAUGUUUGUGUGUUAAAUGCCUGUUCGCAUUCAGGUCUUGUUGAUGAAGCUCGUUUCAUAUUUUCAACGAUUAGUAUGAAAAAUAAAUGGGUUUAUACAGCAAUGGUCGAUUGUUUGAGUCGUUUAUCUCUUUUUGAUGAAGCCAAAGAAUUGAUUGAAGAAUUCGAACGUCAUCAAUCUCCUUGUCUACCUAUGUAUAUGUCAUUGUUAUCGGGUGUUCGUAAUCAAAAAGAUGUUUCUCUUGCGCGACAAAUAACUCAACGAAUACAAAAGUUAUUUCAUGCUAUGGACAAAGAUUUGAUAUCAGCUUCAGUUCUUCUCACUAAUGUAUUAGCGGCAUCGGGAAACUUAGAUGAAGCAUCACAAAUGAGAUGGAAUCUGAGUCGAUCUGGUGCAAAAAAACAAAUGGGAUUAUCUUGGACUGAGAUCAACGAUAAACUUGUGCAAUUUCGUGCUCAAGAUCGAUCUCACCCACGGACGAAAGAAAUUUAUGAGGAACUUGAUCGAAUCGAAAGUGAACUCAUUGAACAUGGUCAUAAGUUUGAUUCAAGCUGGAUAACACGUCCAAUGAUGCCUGAUGAAACUGUUGCAUCGAUUCUUAAUAGUCACAGUGAAAGAUUGGCAUUAGCAUAUAAUUUCAUUCAACGACCAAUUCCAUCACGAAUCCAAAUAGUGCAGAAUCUUCGUAUUUGUGGCGAUUGUCAUAAUGCAAUCAAACUGAUUAGUCAAAUUCGUAAUUGUCAGAUCAUUGUACGCGACGCUAAUCGCAUUCAUCAUUUUGCAGAUGGAAAAUGUUCAUGUAACGAUCAUUUUUAA